AUGAUGAUUUUUGUGAAAAGUCUGCUCAGUCUUACGAUCAUAAGUUUACAUGUUAGUUCAUAUGAAAUAAAUCUUGAACUAACUGAUUGGACAAAUCUUGAUGAAACUAAUAUGGACUUACAACAUGACUGUCUUUAUACUUCGAUGUCGAUUGAACCUGAAACAAAACCAUAUCAUCUUGAACAUCAUAAUAUUUCACGGAAUUUUCGUCAAAUGAUUUCAUUAUGCUUGAGUGAAUGGCCAUCGACAUGGAAGAUCCAGGAAAAUACACAAGAUCAAAAAUUCAAUUUUUCUCAGUUGGCCAAAUUACACAUAACCAGUCGACAACUAUUUCAUUGGUCAGCACCAAUAGAUCUUAUUGGAUCUUAUCAAUUCUACUUGAAUCAAAUCUCAACUUCAAAUAGCACAUCUUUAUCGAAACAGAUCUUUUAUAACUGUACGUCGCCCAGAUUUGGGCCACAAUGUCAAUAUUCAUUUGCAUUGAGAACAACCGACAAACNUUUACAAACUUUUGUGCCUACAUGUAUAACUUGA